GAUAAACCUAAUCUACGCUGGUGUUCGAACAACUCUUUGUGUUUGUGCUCCGUGUCAGUGAUUCAUAUUUCACAAUUCGAUGUGCUUGUUCUGUCGGUCGGGUACAAUGUCCUAGGUUUCAUUUCGGUGUGAAUUUUUUAAUUAAUUUUCUAAUCACCGAAUACAACAAUCGAGCUGUGCUAAUCUCAGUAGAGAUAUAAUAGUCGCGAAGUUUCCACAGCUACGCCAUGAAACUGAUUUAAUGUCAACGUACACGAUCAUACCAUUAUCUUAACACAUCGAGAGGAGUUUGAAAUCUCAGCACUGGAAUCUCUGCGGUGAUGAUGACCAUAGGCCUAGUCAAUUUGUAAUGAAUAGGUUACCAUACAGAAGCGCCGAUACACUCGAAUGGUGGUAGUUUUCCUGGUGUAAAUUCAAAAACUACUAAUAUAUCGUAUCAAAUAACCGCCAGCGCCCGCAGCACGAUGAACAGCGACGACGAUCGAUCUUCCGUAUCGUCGGAAAGUAGCCGACCUCGCAGCAUCAAAGGAUCUUUUCGUAAACGUUUAAAGAGCAUCGGAUCAGCCAGCGACAAAGGUCGUCAUAGUAUAAUCGAAGGUACCAAGAAAGCAGUCAGCUCGAAUAUCGUGAAGAAAGCGCUACGUCGUCGCACUAGUAGCGAAAUUCGUAACAUCCAAGAAGAAAACAUUCCCGAAGAUGGAUCGAUUUUUCCAGCCAGCGAGAUCUUCGAAGCGAUCGAAUUCGCUUUUCCGCCGCUUCGCAGGAGCUAUUCGGCUUUCGACUCGAGAACCUCGCUGGACGAGGAGGAUAUUCCACCGCCGCGAUACCCUCCACCUCCGCCUCCCCGCGCAGACAUGUACGACGAUAUGUUCUCCGAUCAGUCUUCGUAUUCGGAUAACUUAUCCGAAAAGAAUAAACACGACGCCGACGGUACGGAUGCGGUCGGCGGCAAGUACGACCUGGACAACGACUCCGAGACCAGCUCCAGCUCUCCGGAUGAUAUCGUGAAGCCUACUCGUACUCGCAACACGAUGCUCUCCAUGUCCAUCUUUCCAUCGAGCAGCGAGACCGGAAGCAGUGGAAAUAGCGUCGAAGUGAACAGCUUCGAUUACAUGCCGAAUAAAACCGCCUACGAGAACUGGAACAUGGCACCGCGCGCCGAUAGCGCUUCGUUUUCGUCCCAUCCUUGGAAAUCCAUUAUCGACGAAUUCGAUCCUUUGUACGAUAACGUGUGCACCACCGAAUACGACGAUAAUCUGUCCCUCAGCGGAAUAGACUUAUUCUGUAAUAACUCGGCCGCUUUCGCAAAGAACAACAACGACGAUAACGUAACCACCAAAGAGAGCACCGAUUCGUCUUCGCCGCCGGUUCACGAUAAUCACUUCAUAGAAGUCGUCUCAUCCGGCGAAGAAACGAAAAAAAUCAAAAAUAAGUACUCGUUUCGACGUCAGUCCACCGUCAGCACUUGGUCGAACAUGAAACGUGCUUUGGAAGCCGUCUCCACCACGUCCAACUGGUCUCCGAAUGUUAUCAGAAGAGUAUCCCAUAGUUUUCACAAAGAAUCCGGACCGCUGUUCAAGAGUAGCUCGGAAUCGAUGUUGACCAAGCCUGAAAUCGUGCACCCGAUCACCGCUACCCUUCACAGAGGCGAACUGAUGAAAUCUCCUUCAUCCGGCGACAAACCCAAGGAUUUCGUCAAACGUACUUGUCACCUGGGAGAAGGCAAGCUCUAUUAUUCGCCCGAUAAGGACUCGUCCAAGGAAUCUAUCGAACUCAACAGCGUUUUCAGCGUGUCUCUAAUGCAAGAUCAUAAGUUAAGUAACGAGAACGAAGACCUUUACUGUUUCGAGAUAUUUGUAUCCGGACGAUCUCGGGCUCAUUUGUUUGGAUCACUCAGCACAACCGAUCGUCGAGUUUGGAUGCAGAAAAUCUUGGAAAAUUUAACGUCAGUUUUCCCAGCUCGAUACGCAGCCAAUUACUCGAGAGCCGGCUGGUGUUUUUUAAAGGAAGGAAUCGGUGGUGCUUGGACUCCUUGUUGGAUUCUGUUACAAAAACGCACCCUCGUCUACAGCCAAAAAGAUAGCGAUAAACUAGUCGAAGUUGAUCUUCGAAAAGCCAGAUCUGUGGGUAUUCAAGAAGGAGCAUCUCUUCCAACGACUGACGGAAAUAAACAGAUGAUUUUGUUGGAUACUGUUUUUCAAUCGUUAUACUUAAUAAUGGGUCGCGUUAGUGAAACAAACGAGUGGCACAGAGUCAUCAGAGCGGCUGCUAUAGAUAAUGGCAUCUCACUAGAAGACCAGCAGUUAACCAAAGACGAUAUACCUGUGAUUGUCGACAAAUGCGUUAAUUUCAUCUAUGCUCACGGAUGCAUGUCGGAAGGAAUCUACCGACGCAGUGGUUCCAAUUCCAACGUCACCAAAUUAUUGUCUCUAUUCAGACAAGACAGCUGGUCAGUUCAAAUUAGCCGACAAGAAUACACAGAGUACGACGUAGCCAAUGUACUGAAAAGGUUCUUCAGAGACUUGCCAGAGCCUUUGCUCACAACCGAAUUACACAAACAUCUUUGCGAAGCAUCCGCGGUCAAUUGCUCCGAAGAAGAUAAAUUAUCGCUAUAUAGGAGUAAAUUGGAGCAAUUAAAACCGGUCAAUUACGUAACCGUUCGUAAAUUAAUAGGACAUCUUUAUUUUAUCCAUCAGGAACACGAGAAAAAUUUAAUGCCCGUUGCCAAUUUGGCCGCUAUUUGGGGCCCAACUCUGAUGCACGUUGAGAAUAGCGAAUCGAAUCAAUGGUCUAAACGUGAAUGUGAAGCACUUUCUGAUCUAAUAUCUCUUUACCCGAAACUAUUUCUGGUCGAUGAAGAGGAACUCCAAAGAGAGAAUAAAAUUCGCGAAGUAUUAGAAAGAUACGGUAACUCGAAUUCGGUUAUUCCGCAAUCAUUCAAACCAUCCGGAGACCUAAAAGUGUGGAUUUACUUGAACUCGAAAGAAAGCGGAGAAUACGUUAAUGUAUCGAUCGACCCCAACAAAUGUUGCCAAUCGGUUUGCGAAGAGCUGGCGCCCAAAAUGAAAGCCGAACCUCAUCAACUUUGUUUGCAAGAGGUAAUUUGUAACGAAGCGUUAAUGAGACCGAUGCAUCACAGCGAACGUGUUCUAGAUACCGUACUCAGAUGGGGAUAUUGGGAUGAGGCGGAUAGAAAAGAUAAUUAUUUGCUAUUAUCCGCUAAUAGCAUCAUUAGAGAAGUUUAUCCUUUGGCUAAAGCACCCUUAACCGUGAGUAGCGAGUUGAAAUACGCUGAUAGAAAAAUGAAGAGUUUCAAGAAUUACUUAUUUGAAUUUAGCGAAGCUAAAUUGCAUUACUUCAAAGACAAAAAGACUUCUUCAAAAAUUAAAGAAUGGCCUAUCGAAGAUAUCAUAUGGUAUUUAGGAUACGAACCGAAAAGGGAUCCGAAAACAAGAUGGUCGAUAACCUUCAUCGAUAAGAGUGAGAAACCAAUUCGAUCGAAAGAAACGCCAUUUUUUGGAUACACAAUCGCUGGGAUAAAUAAAGAAGAGCAAUUUAAAUGGAUAGCCGCUAUGCUGCUGGGAAAAUACCCGCAAAGUGAUUUGUUACCUCCGAUAUCUUUAUUAAAAUGAUUUGGAGAAAUAUCAGCUACAUUUUCCUUCCAUUUUUUUUUCAUGUAUUUUGUACUUUUUUAUACAACUUAAUUAAUUCCUUUUUGUACGAUGAUUAAUUUUAAUAAUUUUAAUUGAUUCUAGUAUUACUUAGAUACCAAAAUGUUAUCAUAUUACCAUAAUUUUACUUAAAUUUCCCACUUUUUUUUCUUGUUCUUUUAUCGUUUUAUUCUGUUUUUUUUUCCUCUCGACAAAAAGACCCCGUUUCAGUAACUAAUACUCGCCGAUAUUUGAUUUCAUUUUCAUUAUUCACAUAAUAAUAAUUUACAUAAUUUUCAAACUUUCUCAGCAUUGUACGUUCGGUCGAAUGAAAAAAAAACCUUUCCAUGUUUUUCCAUCACUUGUUUUUUUGUACUUAAAAAGGAAAAUUUUCAUUUCGUGCAUUUAUAAUUACUAUCUCUUCUGUUACCUAUAUAAUUAAGUUAUUUAGUUUUUUUUUUAAAUGCUUGCCUUUGUGAUUUUUUUUCAACUUUUUAAUUUAAGAGUAAACUUUAAAUACGAUUGGACUGACGACUGACGUGUUGACCACUUUGUUAUGUUAUUUUUGGAUAUGAAAAAAAAAUAUAUGUGAUCAGUAUACUA